UCAUAAUUGAAUUCAAAUGGACCACGGUCGGCGUGCUUCAACAUUGCUGAACUACCUUGAGAAGAUUCGCGCCCGAGCCCAGAGAGAUGUUUCCCUGGGGGUCACGCCGAACGCACUACGAGCCAAUGCGGAAGAGAAAAGAAGACGAAACGCGGCGAGACGAGUUCGGAGAAUCGUCGUUGAAGAUUCUGAGGAAGUGCACUACCCUACACACGAGCCCAGCGAGCCCUCGAUAACAGAAUUGGAAGACCUGAGAGGGGAGCGAAUUGAGAUGAUACCGUCCGAUGAGACUGCUGUUGUUGAGGAUGCUCCCAUUCAAAGUAGUGAGAUUCGAGCUGAUGCCGAUUCUGGUCAGAGGGUGAAAGUCGUAGGAGGAAAUCGUCAAGUCCAGUCGGCAACACUCCGGGAAUGGCAAGACACUGUAAGGGAACUGAUGGGUCUCAUUGAAGAGGCCGAGGUCAAUGGAAUGCCCGAGGAAGAAUUAGAAGAGCUGCGUCGAAUGGUGUCCGUUGAUUUAGAGGAGGGUUGGCUGGUCCCUGUGGUGGAGGAGAUGCUUAAUAAGCUCGUCGAUGAGGAAGUUGUGAGGUUGCAUGCAGUCCUGUUACGGUCAGCUGAGGGGCUUUCUACUGUCGAUAACACUCCUGAUAAUUCAACUGAUGCGGCUUCAUCAUCUUUGACGGAGGUGGAAUACCUCCGCAUGAAAUACUUAGUUUCAUGACG